AUGUCGGCGGACACGGAAAGCUCCAGCUCGGCUUCGUCCGUCUUCGACCUCUUGGAGGAGGCAUAUCAGGAGGCGGAAGCCUCCGAGCCUACUCACGAGCAGCGGAAGGCGGCGACUGUCAACGCUGCUCGGGUCGCUGCGAGCUUCGCGCCCCUCAUCAACGACUUGCUGCAAGUCCAAGCCUCGUUUUUGGUUGGUGACACCCAGCUUGAAGAGGCGGAGGCACAGAAGCUGCGGGACUACCUUGCAGAAGGUCGGGAGGUCCUUGCGCAAGCAGAAGAGGAAGUCGCAAACUUCUCCCCGAACCUGUGCUGGGGCACGGGGCUGGAAGGCCGAAGGGGGGCAAGAGUCGCCGAGGACUUGCACGAGAAGGUGAGGCUUUCGGAAAACAUCCGAGCCUCGUUGACUAACGUGCAGCGGGAGCGUUUGCGCCGCAUGCGCUACGAGAAUCUUCAAGCCAAAGCCCGGGCUAAGAGAGCAAGGGUGGAUGCCUGA